UUUUAAAAAAUUACAUUUCCUUCACUCUUUAAUUCAUUUUUCUUCUAAAAGUUUCCGGCUACUGCCGCCGCCUUUUUCCGUACUUGUGUUCGCCGCCCUCUUCUCAGCCUCAACUCCACAACAUCUUGUUCAUCAGAUAUGGCAAUGGUGCUUGUGAGGUCAUUGAAAAGUAUCACGGCCUCAAACGAGGUAUUUAAAGUGGUGGGCUGCAGAGCAUUUGCUGCUGGAGGUGCUAAGGCUAAGAAAGGGAAAGGUGGUGCUGCUGGAGAUGCCCCCAAAGCUUCAUUGAUAAGCAAAGAAGUGAAAUCCACCACAGUUUAUGGUGCCAAUAUGCUAAAAGACGGGCAGGACCCUAAAAUCUUGCCUGAUUCUGAGUACCCGGAUUGGUUGUGGCACCUGCUCGACAAACGCCCUGCCCUAAGUGAGCUCAGGAGGAAGGACACAGAAAGUCUUCCAUUUGACGAUCUGAAGCGCUUUGUCAAGCUGGAUAACCGAGCCAGAAUUAAGGAGAAUAACAUGUUGAAGGCCAAAAAUUAAGAGACUUUUAAUGUGGUCUUGGCAUGAGUUUCUUGACAUAUGUGGAUGAGUUGAUUAAGUUCUAUUUGCAGGUAGAUUAACAAUAGAAAGUAUGUUAUUGAUGUUUUUUUUCUAAGGGGAUCAAUAAUGGUUCUUCAUCUACCUCAAGUACGUUAUUGAUGUUAAGCGAAUAACAGCUCUAGAAAUGGUUGGUAUUGCUCUCAAAUGAUGGUUUGAUUUUGUUA